AUGGAUGUUAAUUCAGAAAGUAGUGAGCGGGGCAGUUUGCUCGACGCUGUCGAGCAUUUAGAAGCCGGUAGGGUAUCCAGAACGGAGUUACCUAUCACCCAAAACAGAGCUAAUAAGUUUCCAGUUGCAUUCGUGCCGGUAAAGCAAAGAUACACUGAUGCUGGAGAGUUGGCUCAAACGAUUGCGUCGACCGCAUAUGAGAGCGGUAUUCCUCCUGAUGCGCUGGGCCGGCUGUUGAAGAUCCUAGCAAAAAAGAACAACCUUGACCAAGGCACCACUACAACCUUGAUCAAGAAUCUUUACCCACAAGAGAGGGUAAAAUCCAAUCAUGUCACACAGGUCGUCUGCUCUUUGGGUCCAAGCAAAUCCAAACCCAGCCCGGCGACGCAGUCCCUGCUUGUCCGCUGGUUGAUUCUCACAUACGACCUUCUCGCCGACAAAACUCAUCUUGGAAAGCUUUACGCGGUACUAUUCAAUCAACUUGACAUGAUUAGUCUGAGGAAGCCGCUGUGCCAUCUUCUCUCGCUGAUUACGAGAAGAAAACACGUGAAGCCGUUCCGCAUCCAGGCGUUGAUGGAGCUUAUUCAAAAUGCGGGCGGGGAAGACAAGGAGUUAGUGACCCUACUCAAGAUCUUCAAGAACUACUACCCUGAAAUUAUUAUUGGAGGUGUGGGUGGGUCUAGAAAGUCUCUGUUCUUCAAGCAUCCCGAUCUUGAAUGGGCGAGUCAUGCGAAAGUACUGCAGACUGCGAACUUAGAGAAGGUGGAAGCUACACAAGGAUCAACCUUUCAGGUUGUUCACCGGGGUGCAGUGAAAAGAAGCAGGAUCGAAGUGGUCAUUCCGGCUUUGCAAACCUCACGUGUGUCAGACAAACACACAUCCCUGGAGGAACUUCGUGACAUCGACCAUUUUGUCGACAAAAUUGAUAUGAUCGAAUUACCUAACCAGAUUAUCUCGACACUUGGGGAUGCGAUGGCUCAGAAGUAUCUACAUCUGGUUCAGUCUGAAGUUGCGGAUCAUCGGCUUGAUGAGUGGUUGAAAAACUUCCUGCAAGAUAAGUUAUUGCAUAUUCAAGAAGAAAACGGUGAUGAUGAACCAGAUACGUUGUCUUAUGUUCUAGACUUUGUUGAGGGAUAUGCUACAUACACCAAGUCUUGGAAUGGCCGUGAUAAUCGUGAACAAGUAUUGCGGCUGGUUCGAUAUAUCCCGAUCGAAGCCUACGACUCGCUCUUGAGCAAAUUUUUGUCGCCAUUGGAGUCGGCUAUGCUGGAUGGCUCUCUAGCCUCCAGGACUGAAUUGCUCGAUUUCUACUCGGCAUUGAUCAGCGAAUGGGGUGUCAGGGUACGAACUCAGCUGCCCAUGUCUGAAGAGUCAGCGCCUUUAACUGAAUUAAUCCGACAUGCGGAGCUUUUGGCAUCGUCAAUUCAAGAGUUUGCACCAGUUUCCGAUGACAGACAGACGUCCAGACCAGCCCUCCUAUCCAUCCUUCAGUUCUACCAGUGCCUUGCAGAACUAUUCUCUCAUGCAUCCGAGAAUGCUCACAUCCGAUUGACAGUCCCUCCUUCUCCUUUAAUCUACGCAAUAACCUUCACACCCAGUGUCUCCAUUAUCUCAAUCCUCAGCUCCAUUCUCGCAACCUACAAAUCAUCAUUCGAAUCCUCCCUCACUUCCAAAGCCAUACAACCACCCAAUCCCUCAGAGCCCUUAUACGACCCCAAAAUUGUGGGCCAGUUCAACGGUUAUGUCAUGGAUACAUGCAACCUGGUCUGGCGAAAUCGUGCAUUGAAUUCAGAGGACCCCAAUGCCCGCGCCUGUCUCAUACCUGCAUCUAGCAUCUCGGUCUUCACAAUUUAUGUCCGCGAAGUUAACGAGAAUGCCAAGCGCUAUGACUCUAAGAGCGCUUUUCACUGCACUUUGCCAUCCAUCUUUUCUCUCAGUCACCAUGCUGCGUUCUGCAAUCUUUCUGCGGCUUGUUUUGCGGAUUUGGAAGAAGAUCAGCAAAUCGCGGAACAUCAGCCUAGGCUACGAAAGCCAGUCACUCCGAAGGCAUUGCAGGCUCUUGAGAAGGAGGGAGGAGCAAAGAUUACUUGGCAGGAGUAUCGGGUGCAUAUGCUCGAUUGGCUAGAUGCAAUUGGUAGUAGAGGCACAGGCGAUUUGAUGAGGAGUACGAUGAAAGCUUUGCGGAAGGAAUAG